GCAGCACUUACCCUAGAGAGCACUCAGAUCACACAUCAUCAUCAUUAUCACCCAGCACUCCCCUAUGUUAUGUGUUACAGGAGGAUGGGUGCUGUGAAUGGAAAGAGUUUCUGAGGGACAUGUGGAAAGAUCUGAGUGAUGCAGGAGGAGCUGAUGUGGGGUCCCAAGGAGAGAAGAGCCCUGCAGGGAACACACUGGCGUCUACUCCCCAGUACAUGGCCUGUUCCUGGCUGUUCUCAGUGUCCCAGCCAGCCUGGCAGUAAGAGACCCCGCAGCCCCCCUGCUCUUGGCUAAUUCCUUCUUCGUCUCAGUCUGCUUAUACCUCGCUGGGCUACACAGUUCCCCAGUCCUAGCUCCGCAUUACAGGAACUUCUUAUCCCCCUGCUGAAACCUGGCUCUCCCUGUGCUCCUGGCAUCCCCUCUGCCCCCGGCCAUGCUGCCCCUCAUCCUCAGCGCACUGCUCCUCUCUCUGUGCCCCAGCCGGGCACAGUAUGAGCAAUAUAGUUUCCGCGGCUUCCCCCGCUCCGAGCUGCAGCCGCUGCAGCCUACCUAUGCCAAGGCUAUGGACCUGUACGAGGCGGAGUCCUGGAAGGAAGCUACCCGCACACUGGAGGCCAGUCUGAGGCUUCACCGGCUGCUGGAAGACAGCGAGGCUCACUGUAGUCAGAGCUGCACGGAGGGCUCCCCCAUUCCCGGGCUAGAGGCUGAGGAGGGGACGGAAGAGCCCCGGGACUGGAAUCUGGAGCAGAAGUUAUUUGGGCGGGUGCUGUCACGGGCUGUGUGUCUGAGGAAGUGUAAGGCUACCCUGCCGGUCUUCCAGCAGCCCUACCCCGACAAGGAGACCCUGCAAGCCUUCCAGAGGAGGGACCCGUACCAGUACCUGCACUACACCUACUUCAAGACCAAUGCAUUGGAAAAGGCAGUGUCUGCAGCCCACACAUAUUUGCAGAAGAACCCCGACCAUGAGAUGACUGUGCGAUAUAUGAAUUACUACAAAACCUUGCUGGACGUUGAUGAAUUUCUUAUAGAUCUGGAGGCUAAACCAUUUGAGGGAAUAUUUGUGAAAGCCGUAAAAUCUUACAAUGCUGGAGACUUCAGACUCAGCAUCGAGGAAAUGGAGCAGGCUUUACCACUUUAUUACAAAGCAUACAACAGCUGUCUGACUGGCUGUGAGGGAGUCUAUGAAAUGAGGGAGUUCAAAGACUUCUACCCAGCAGUUGCAGAUCAUCUUGCUGAUGCCCUUGAAUGUAAAGUGGAGUGUGAGUCUAGCCUGACUCCCAAUGUCGGGGGAUAUUUUGUUCAGAAAUUUGUCGCCACCAUGUAUCACUACUUGCAGUUUGCUUAUUAUAAACUUAACGAUGUUAAGAAAGCUGUUCAAUGCGUAUCAAGUUACAUGCUGUUUGACCCUCUGGAUACAGUGAUGCAGCAAAACCUGGCAUACUACAAGUUUUACAAGGAGAAAUGGGACCUUGAGGACAAAGAUUUCAAUCCUAGAGAGGAAGCUCUGCAAUAUCAUAACCAGACCGCACGGCACAAGGAGCUAUUACAGUUUGCUCAGGACUUCUUACACCGGGAUGAUGAUGAGAUUGAAAUCGGAGUGGUGCAGGACACAGAACUGCCUCCGUCUGAUGCGGAAUUUGAAGGGGAGGGGGAUUAUGAAGAAGGAAUUUAUGCUGAGUGGUGGGCACAACCCAAAUCUAAAGGGGACCUAGCAGUAAAAUGAACCUGAACUUGUAUGAAAACCAGUCUAGUAAUGGAGUCUGAUCUAUGGUUAGUCUUAACAUCAACAUAUUGGACCAAUAACAUGCAAAAGAUGUUUGGAAAUAUUAUGUCCAAUUUGCUUAGUAGAAAAUACAUUUCUGACUGUUCCUGAUAGGAAAAUCGUGACAAAUUAGGCAAUUACCCCACUUGCGCCAGGCUAUGACUUCCUGCUCCACGUAUUUCUUGUCUGACCACACACACUGUCCCACAGGCUACACUUCUGUGACUGCUGCAGCUUGGGCCUCAGCAAAAAUAUAAUUAUUUGUCAAAUAAAAUCUUGAGCCUUUUACAAACUCAGUUCUAGACAUCUCUGCAUAUUUCUAUGAGUCAGCAUCAUUUAAAAACAACAAUCCUCAUAUUUAUCAUCCCAAGGGACUUUUCAGAAAAAAAGUGGUAUGGUUUUCUUGUGUUUUUUUUAUCAAUUUUGGUCAGUGUAUAAUACCGAUGCAUCUGAUAUGUUAUAAGUGCAAUAAAAUCAUCUUAAACUGUAAAA